AUUGAAAAGGAAAAAGCUUUGAGAAGAGGAGAGAGGAGGGGGCGGUGUGAGGGGGUAGGCAUGCAUCCUCUUCUCUUCUCAGAUGAGAACGGUACUGAUCGCAUCACAUUCUAGGAGCGUUCUCAAUCGCUCUACAUGCUAGUGACCUUCCUCUCCAAAAAAAAAAAAAAAAACGACGUCUGCUCGCGUUCGAUCCAGCUGCUAUACCGAACGUCCAUCUUUAAGCGUGCGAGGUGUUUCUCUGAUUGUUACUCGGUGGCAAUGAAACCGUAAACGACUGAACUGUGGUUAAUUGAAGACGGGUUAGAAGUAGGCUAAACUAGCAGACGACUGAAGACGAAGCGACUAUGGAGAAGCGCAGGGAGACUGGAGUCUAAACGUGGAUAAGGGAUCAAGCGAUUCUUUAUAUCUGGAUUAUUUCCCACUUUGAAGACUUAAUUUGCUGAGGGAUUUUCAUCUGAUUUUAGCUGUAUUAUUACACACAAACAUGCACGGAAAGGAGACUAGGUUUUGCACGGGAUGCUCGAGGCUACUGAUGCUGUCAUGCGUCUUGGUUCUACAUUUCAUUCCGCUAGUAGAUGGGAAUGCUGUGGGGGUAAAUGCCACAGAGUUUGACACCACAUCAAAUAUGACAUCCCCGAUAAUGGAGGAGGUGGCCAAAAUCAACAAUGUUGUAGAGGCAGCAGGCACCAGCGGCCCGGCUAGUCCCGUUGUCCCGGUGACCCAGAGGGCAGGCCGUACCCCUCGGGCCUGGGAGCAGGAGCAGGGUAGUGGCAUGCUGGGAGAAGGGGUGGAGCCAACUGUGGAGGAAGGUGUGGCAGCCCCACCACAAAUAAGCCCAGAUUCGGCUGAGACAGAGCUCCUGUUGCCCGGCAACACUCGUGGCCAGGAGAGUGAGGGAGAAGAGGAGGAGGAAGAAGAAGAACAUCUCCCGCAAGCUGAGGUUCCCUGGCUCAAUGCCAAGGACCUGGACCGCGUCCUUGACCUGGACCGCUUCACCACCACUUCUGCCCCACACUCGUCUGCCGGCAACCCCGCACACCCAGACGUCCUGACCGUGGACUUCUUCGACCAUGCCUCCCGAGGCCGCGCCCUGGACCUUCCCUCUCCAUCUCCAUCUCCGCUAGCCCAUGAGCUGCAGGGUGGGGAUUCCACCUCAUGGGCUAUGCCUGACAACUAUGACUACCUCACACCCUACGAAGACGGCGUCUCGCCCACAGCUGAUGAAUACUCCUACAGCACUACUACUGACACCUACGAUGGCGACGAAGAUCUGAGGCUCUCUGCCGGCACUCCAUCCCGCUCCAAGCCAAGGGACCCCAGCUCUGGCUCCUUAACUCCAGAUGAGGCUCUUCUGAGCGGGGGUGCCUCUGCCCCUGGUCGCCCUGCAGUCCAGUCAGUGGACGGCUCGGACGGAGUAGGUGGCUGCCGCGUGGGCUAUGUGAAGCAGAACGGUACCUGCCGCUCACCGUGCGACACCUUGGCUCCGAGCUAUUGCUUCAACGGGGGUCAGUGUUACUUGCUGGAAGGCAUGGGAGUCUUCUGCAGGUGUAACGUGCAGGACUACAUCUGGCACAAGGGGGCACGCUGCGAGUCUGUGGUCACGGAGUUCCAGGUGAUGUGUCUGGCCAUCGGGGCAUCAGCCCUCAUGGUUCUGUUGCUCUUCAUGAUCAUUGUCUGCUUUGCCAAGAAGCUCCAUGUGCUUAAGACCGAGAACAACAAGCUGCGCACACGCAGCAGUAAGUACCGGCCUCCAUCGGAGCAGCACAAUGAUAAUUUCUCCUUGUCUACCAUCGCUGAGGGCUCCCACCCAAAUGUAAGGAAACUGUGCGACACCCCUCCUAACGUCCCUCAUGCCCGUGCUUUGGCUUACUAUGAUAACAUUAUCUGUCAGGAUGAUCCCAAUGCCCAGAACAAGCUGGAGGACCCUGUGAAGGCCCCACCCAAGGAGGACGAGUCCCUGAACAUUCACAACUCCCUGACCCCCAAACAUGAGAACCACAAGGUCCUGGGCGAGGAGAACUCCUCGGAGGUAAACUCGCUGCAGAAUAACAUGAUGUAAAAACAGGAAGCGUAGUCGAGGAGAGGUAGAGCUCGGUUCCGCUCUUCAUCCCGUCCACCAUGCCAACUGGUCCAACAAACCAUACCACAAAACUACCGUCUUCAAACGGCAACACUGCCACAGAUUGGCCCCGGCCACAGCAAAAAAGAACACAAUCCCCAGCUUAAAGCUCCUAUCCCCUUCCUGCCACCGCCUAGCGAUUCCCUAAUGUCCACUCACGCCCCUGCCUCGCAGCCCCACCCCUUUGUUGCUGUCACUCUAUUCCCCUCUUACUCCCUCACCCGCACACACACAUACUCACGCUGACAUGUAAUCUCACUCACACACACACACAUAUACACAUGGACACACACACACACUAACAUAUUCACAUACACUCCCCUGCCUGCAUUGGUGUAUUUUGUAAAAAGAAAAAAUCAUAAGGAAUACAAAAAGAAGUUAAACAUCAUUGUAAAAAAGAUAAAAGCUACUGAGAGGUUUCAAUGUUUGUCAGACUAAUUAAGUGAGUAUGUAUAAAUAUAUGAAAAAAAUUGCUUGGAUUGAUAUAAAAGAAACAACACAAUGUGUCUUUGUUUUCAUUGAUGUGAUUUCUAAUCCUUUGAUGUACUUGUUUUAUUUUGUACUUUUUUGGGAAAACAGACUUCAAACUGAAAAAUUCAGACAGUUGUUGAAAUAAACCUUUUUAACAUGA